CAGUACAGAUAGGGGCAGCAGGCAGGCUCGACUCGCCCUCCCGGAACUCUGCAGCCGCAGCGGGUCUGAUUAUUUUAACAUCGGGGUUCGGUCCAACAUGGCGGCGCACGGAUGGAAAUACUGAUGACAGUCCGAAAGAUCGCCUCGAUUUGUACGAUGGGCGCCAAUGCCUCUGCCUUGGAAAAGGAGAUCGGACCGGAACAGUUUCCUGUUAAUGAACACUACUUUGGAUUGGUCAACUUCGGCAACACCUGCUACUGCAACUCGGUGCUGCAGGCUCUGUAUUUCUGCCGACCGUUCAGGGAGAAGGUGCUGGCGUACAAGGUGCAGCCUCGGAGGAAGGAGUCCCUCCUCACCUGCCUGGCCGACCUUUUCAACAGCAUCGCCACCCAGAAGAAAAAAGUCGGAGUCAUCCCUCCCAAGAAAUUCAUCUCUCGGCUAAGGAAGGAAAACGAGUUGUUUGACAACUACAUGCAGCAGGACGCCCACGAAUUCCUCAACUACCUCCUCAACACUAUCGCAGACCUCCUCCAGGAGGAGAAGAGCCAGGAGCGACAGCAGAACGGAAAACUGGUGCAGAACGGGAGCGGAGGAGGCGGAUGUGGUGACGGAGGGGGAGGUGGAGGGGAAGGCGACGGUGGGAAGGAGACGCAGCAGACGUGGGUCCACGAGAUCUUCCAGGGAACGCUGACCAACGAGACGCGCUGCCUCAACUGCGAAGCUGUGAGCAGUAAGGACGAGGACUUCCUGGAUCUGUCGGUGGACGUGGAGCAGAACACUUCGAUCACACACUGUCUCAGGGGCUUCAGCAACACAGAGACGUUAUGCAGCGAGUACAAAUACUACUGUGAGCAAUGUCGCAGCAAACAGGAAGCCCAGAAACGGAUGAGGGUAAAAAAGCUGCCCAUGAUCCUCGCCCUCCACCUCAAGCGCUUUAAGUACAUGGACCAGCUGCACCGCUACACCAAGCUGUCCUAUCGCGUCGUCUUCCCGCUGGAGCUCCGCCUUUUCAACACGUCAGGCGACGCCACCAACCCCGACCGCAUGUACGACCUGGUCGCUGUUGUCGUGCACUGCGGCAGCGGUCCCAAUCGCGGACACUACAUCACCAUCGUCAAGAGCCACGGCUUCUGGCUGCUGUUUGACGACGACAUCGUCGAGAAAAUCGACGCGCAGGCGAUCGAGGAGUUCUACGGCCUGACGUCCGACAUCUCCAAGAACUCCGAGUCCGGAUACAUCCUGUUCUACCAGUCCAGAGACUGACGCAGCCAGCGGUGAAUUCCCCCAGCAGGCCGUCUGGGCGUGGCAGACGAGCCGCCGGCUCCCUCCUGGACGCUCACACAAGCAUCCGGGCUUUAUUCCCCCUGCGGCGGGGAGCAGCCUUGACCCCGGAGCGCCGCCUGGGGAAACGGGUUUGAGGCGCGUGCCGGUUGGAUGCCUGGCUCCGGGAUUCCAAAUCCUCCGAGACCACACUGCAACAAGCACCUUAAUAUACCAAGAACUCCCCCCCCCACCCACUGUCUAACACUCGCUUUGCACUAUUGCACCAGGAACGGAGACCAGUGGCUGAACCAAUCAUGUGUGUUUUUUAGCGGCUUCGGAGGAGGCAGCAGCUUGAUUCUGAGUAUUAAUACCUUGCUGCGUUAGCUUCCCUCCCCAGCAGCGGUGGAACUGCCAGAUCACGUGUUCACCGGUCAGGAAGUGAAGCGACCAUGAUCCGACGGCACCGAUAGACGUCCGGCCAAUCACCUCAGACCUCUCUGACGUCAUGUAGGGUUGGAGGCCGAGCGCUGCGUGAAAACACGGCGUCUCUACGAUCUGUGGCUCAUAUGUGGUAUCUUAGCGCAGGGGAGUCACUGGAGGGGUGGGAACACGUCUCAAACUGACGAGCACAACUCCGUAUUUAUGAUAAAAGAGCAAAAAAAUAAUUUUAUUUUAAAUAUUCAAAGAUCAAGUGACAUAAACUGACCAAAAAUUCAAUUUGCAGUUUGUAUAACUUCACCUUUUCAGUGUUUUUAUCGGUUUAAAAUUGUUUUUAUUUGCAAUGUAUUUUUAUUUUGUUUCAAGCUGCAGGUUUUUUUUGUUUUUUGUUUUGGUUAUGAAGUAUCAGGACUAGCAGUGAGUCUUAGUAGCAACUUUUAAACUUUUCACUUUUCCAACUACAGGACAGUUUUUAAAAGCUGUCCUGCUGUUGUGCCAUUAUGAGCCACGUUUGAUGACAUGAUGGAGAAAAGAAGAGAGAGGAGCGGAGGAAGAGCAAGUCUGGGGAAAAAAAAACGUUCACUUUUAAAAACCUCUGAAAUAUCCUCUUUAAUUUCUCAGCAGACUCGGUUCUAACACUACAGAGAUUUUAUCAGUGUCUGCCUCGUUCCGUUAGCGAUCCAGUCGGGCGUUGUCAGCAGCUGCAGCUCUCAAAUUGAGAAGAAUGUUUUCACAACACGUUUUUCACUCUGCGAUCAGAAACGAUUCUCCAUUCCCACUCAGGCUGUUAUAAAGCAGCAGAUCUAAAGAUGGCGCUUUUAGAACUGUUCGACUCCUAACGUGUUUAAAAAACAAAAGCCAAUUUAUCAUCUCUGUGGCUUAAACUUCUGCAUAAGAGGUGAAAAUGCUUUAGGAAACUUCCCCUCCCCCACUUGUUGCUUUGUGCUGCCAGCUGUUCAUGUGAGCUGAGUGAUGGCUAACUUUUUUUUUCUCUCUCUAUCUAAAACAAAAGAUGCUGGUCAUUCCAUUGCGCCUAAUUUUCUAUAAUCAACAUAUAAUCUGUGAGAACUGUUUAUGUAACCAACACAUUAACUCAUGUAACAUAAUUAUGAACCUAUCUGAUCGUGGCUUGAAACGUUCAUUUAGCUAACACGGGAUUGGCUCUGUCGGUUCGCUCUAAAAGGGAUUAGCAACAAAAUACAAAAAAUGGAACAUAAAGUGAAUUUUACAGGAAAAUAAUGAUGUGUAUCUUUAUGAAUUGUAUAACAAAUUAAAUACUAAUUGUUUAUCCCCAAACUAAGGCACAAAGUUGGCUAUUUGACAUGUUUUUUGUUCAUGGAAUGCACUAAAGAUCAUAGCUUAAGCUAACUUAAGCAAUUUAAGCUCAAGUUAUCUAAGUUUAAGUUUAGUUUAAGCUUAAAUGGCUAGCUUAAGCUAUUAAAACUUAAGCUAAGCUACCAAGGAAAAUUUGUCAGCUUGCAACAUGUGUGUAUGUUGGUAUAAUGGACACCCAUAGCAUGCUAGCUAAGGAAGCAGCUACUGCUGACUUCAAAUGUUACUGGGAAAACAUCGGAAAGACCAUGAAAGUGCUAAAGAAAACUGUCUUUUUGGCACUCCAAGAAAAUCUUGUGGCUAAAUCUGAGAUUUAUUUGUGGAUUUUCCAUCAGUACGUUUAUCUGUUGCGUUCAGUUCUUCUUCUUCAUAUAACUGUAUUUGCAGAAGACUAGCUGCACACCUCUGUCCCCAGAGGUCAGUUCAAGAAAUUACAUGCCGUUCAAAUUUCAGUGCAAUCUCAGUUUUUCAUUCGUCAAUUAUUUUUAAUUUGUCUGUUACAAUGCCAAACUCAUUAAAUGACAAAUUCGGCCCUCUUCUUUUGCAUAUAAGAAUUAGAAUCCGAGUGUUUUAUAAGUUGUUUGUAUGUGGCGAAAUAGUUAGAGGGGCGAUAAAUAGAAAACAGAGCUGCGGUUCUGAAGUUAGCAUUUCUCUAGUUUUGGAUGUAAACCUGAUUACCUUUUCUUUUCAGUUUUCUCUUCAGUUGCCCGGGUGACAUGGCAGACAUAAUGGAGUUUGGAUGUGCCUACUUUUGCUAUUUAAUCAUAAGGUUUUAAAAUCACUCCUCAAGCACUCGUUUUAAAGGGUAGAGACCUCAAAAAGACAACACUACUUCCUCUCCAUGCCUCUGCUGCUCUUUAAAAACUUGAAGAAGGUUCUGGAAAACGUUGUUUGUGUCUUGAAAGUUUGUGGAUUUCAGGCAGUGCAGUUGGUCUUAAAAUGAAGAAUUCGGGCAGAAGCUCUGGACUUUUCCCACACACACCCAGUGAGAGCGAGGUUGUGUUUAUGCUUUCUGAAAGCGUCGCCUAUGAGCACAAAGACGUGACUGGGAAAUUUAAAAUAAAAAAAUAAAUAAAUUGCUGAUUAAGUUGAUUGUGGAUCUUUUAUGAAUUGUCAAACCUAAUUUCAAACAAGACUUUUUUUGUUUUAUUUAAGCAUUAUUUUAAUUAUUAUUAUUAUUAUGAAUGUCAACUUUUACUUUGAAUGUUUUUUAUACUUUGUCCUGUCUACCAGCUCUGGAGGGAGGAGGAGUUACUUUUGGAAGUUUGUAACAAGAGAUGUUGAUGUGUACAUAAAUAUAGACAUUAUUAUAAUUGGGUUUUAAAUGAAUGCUUGCUUAAAAUAAUUAAAAGGCUGGCUUGACAAGUGAGGACGACGUCGCUCAGUGCAACUUCUGGAAGUUUUCCAAAGGUUCUUCUGUUCUGAAAUGUGUUGGAAGGAAAAAUCUGCUCUGAAUUACAUAAAGGAUUUUGAGAAAAAUAAA